GUUUACAUUUUCGGAAGUUAAAUUUAAAGACGAAAGACAUGGUGGACAUGCCACAGCACAGACCACAUCAUGAUAUUGGAUCGCUUUUUUCCGGCGCCAAAGAUUUUCUACGCGUCUGUGCACCAAUGGUGCGGUACAGUAAGCUGGAAUUCCGCAGACUGGUGCGACAGAACGGCGUGCAGUUGGCUUUUACUCCUAUGAUGAUUUCUGAAUCCAUAAACAACAGCGAGAUGGCCAGACAGAAGGAGUUCAGCAGCGCAGUGGAUGAUGAACCGGUUAUAGCACAGUUUGCAGCCAGGGAUGCAACGGAAUUUGUUACUUCGGCACAAUUAAUUUAUCCUUAUGUAGAUGGGAUUGAUUUAAACUGCGGCUGCCCGCAAAGCUGGGCCAAAAAGGAGGGCUUCGGUUGUGAGCUGCUGAACCAUCCGGAGACGGUGCGUGACAUAGUGCAGUGUAUACGCCGGACCUUACCGACAGACUUCAGUGUUUCCGUAAAGAUGCGGCUGUUGCAGUAUAACGACACUGCCACCUCUGUGCUUAAGACAAUUGAGCUGGCACAGCAACUGGAGCACUGUGGUGUUACAUUCCUAACGCUGCACGGACGCUUACCCACACAAAAGAAUCACAGGGAAACACUAAAUGUGGAGGCCAUGGCUGAUGUGCGCAAAUCUUUGCAAAUACCACUCAUUGUUAAUGGGUGCGUGGAUAGUUUAAAGGAUGCAAGGGAGUUACAUGAACAAACACAAGCAGCCGGCGUGAUGGCCGCACGUGGUCUGCUGGCCAAUCCGGCACUUUUCAACAGCGAUUAUGCACUGGCUAACAGCACACCCAGAGCUUGUGUGCAACAGUGGCUGGACAUUGCCGAGGCGGCUGGCGAUCAUUUAAAGUUUUCAUGCUUUCAUCAUCAUCUUUCCUUUAUGUGGAGCGAUGAAAUGAAGCGCUCUCUGCGUAUACCUUUCAACAGCCUUGGCAGCAAGUCUGAGGUUUUAGCAUUUCUGGACGAACACUAUGACCUACGGCCAAGUGAGAAUGCCGCGUCUAGCUUUGCGCCUUAUACAAAUUGCACAUAUAACCACUUUACGCCGCCAAGGCAUGCGCGACACAUUGCAGCAGAAGCUAGAAAGAGUGAAUGGGAUGAGAAUCAAGAUGGAAAAUUCUUUAGCGAGUUUAAAACGCAACAGUUGGUUGAUAACAACUCAGAAGACUUAGAAUUAGGCGACUUCUUCGGAGACGAUGAGUAA